UGCGCACAGCCAUGGAGUAAUAUUGUUGGAUGGCAUGCAUAGGCUAUGAAUAGUCAUUUGCUCAGAAUAGAGUUCCACCAAGAUGACAAUAUAUUUCAUUCUCUUGUAAGCCACCGCACGGUGUUGUAACUUGUAACCCGACACUUGAAAAUAGUGAGAAGAGUUGCUAGCUGGCGCCCGUGGUUUUUUCCCUUCGCAUUGGAGGGGUUUUCCACGUAAAUCGUGUGUCUCCGCUGUGAUUGAUUUCGUUUACUUCAUAUUUCUAUACGUCGAUUCUAACAAGUGGUAUCGGAGCUUUGGUUGCUGUUAGGGUUCAUGUCGACGUCGAUGAAGUUCGAUCUUCCGCUGUUGAACUACGACACGCGGUUCUCGCUAUGGCAAGUCAAGAUGCGGGAGAUUCUGGCGCAGACUCAUGACUAUGAUGAGGCGCUGGAUAAUUUCGGCAAGAGGAAGGCCGAGUGGACUCCUGAGGAGACCCACAAGGAUCAGAAGGCGCUCGCACUAAUCCAGCUAUAUCUUCAUAAUGAUAUUUUGCAGGAGUGUUUGAAGGAGAAAACUUCUACAGAACUAUGGCUGAAACUGGAAUCGAUCUGUAUGUCCAAGGAUUUAACCAGUAAGAUGCAGAUGAAGAUGAAGCUGUUCACUCUAAAGAUGAAGGAGGAGGAUUCGGUGAUGACCCACAUCGCCGAAUUCAAGAAGAUCAUGGCUGAUCUAGUGUCGAUGGAGGUGAAGUAUGAUGAUGAGGACUUAGGUCUUUUACUUCUAUGUUCAUUGCCAAAUUCGUAUGCAAAUUUCCGUGACACCAUACUUUUAAGCCGUGAUGAACUAACCCUAAAGGAAGUUUAUGAGGCUCUCUAGUCUAGGGAGAAGAUGAAAGGCAUGGUGCAGUAUGACGGGUCGUCGUCCUCCAAGGGCGAAGCUUUGCAUGUGAGAGGCAGAUCUGAGCAUAGAUACUCCAAUGACAGUCGUGACAAGAGCUACGAUGGAAGAGGCC